AUGACAUCCGUAUUAGUCAAUGUCCUAGUCCUGAGUCUUUUUGCGGUUGAGCGGUUAAUCUUGCGUUUUAAAGACUUCGUGAGCUUAGUCCUUUGCUUAGCUGCUCUAUGUUUUCUACUUUACUAUUACAACAAUCCUCACUAUCGCCUUUACUCCGCACUAUUACUCCUUCGAAUUCCCGCACAGCACGCUCUCCACUCUUCUCGCCUUCGUUCUCCUUUGCUCUUUCUGCUCGUCUUCGUCGUCGCCGCUCUAGUUAUGCCUAGGACUACUCGCGGCAAGGCCGCUCAACGAGCUAAUGCCGAAUAUACUCGCAACUCUAAGAUCACUGCCUCUACUAAUGCUGUUCCUAGCGACGAGUCGAUCGCUAGUGACGUUUACGCCGCCAUAAAGCAAGGCAUGCGUGAGCAGCGCAAGGACGCUUCCUUUCAUAUUAUUAAGAAGUACCACAAUAUCGUCUUUAAGAUAAUCUAG